AUGGAGGCCGAGCAGUACUUGAUUUUGGGCUUGGUUUGUUUCUUGGGCUCUGGUUUUCUCGGUUGGGAGGGUUGUACGUGGGGCUGUGGGGGUUGUACCUGGAGGUACUUGCAGGUGAAGAGGCUUUUGACUGCUGCCCAUGAGUGUGGUGGAAAUUUACGGCCUGUCUCGGGACAAACCAAGGCACGCAUCCUCAAGAUGAAGCUCGAGAAGGGCAUAAUGGAACUUGUGCAGAAAAUCAUCCGAGUCGAGCAUGGUAGGUCCCUCCUCGUCGGGCAGCUCAGAGUAGCCAAGAGUUCUAGAAGCAUCCACUAG